AUGUAUUUUUCAAAGUCCCUACUGUUUACUGCUCUUCUUGUGCAAUGCGGUGUAUUUGCCGCCCCAGUCCCAACUGAUGCUGCUACUGAGGAGGUAGACGCAGGCCUCUUUACCUCCCUUGAUGGGGUUUGGGCCAGUUACGGCUAUGAUGAGAAGAAAAAGCGAGAAGACGCCACCGAAGAAGUCGACGCUGGACUUUUCACUUCGCUAGAUGGUGUCUGGGCGAGCUAUGGCUACGAUGAGAAGAAAAAGCGAGAAGACGCCACCGAAGAAGUCGACGCUGGACUUUUCACUUCGCUAGACGGUGUCUGGGCGAGCUACGGCUACGAUGAGAAAAAGAAACGCGAAGAUGGGGCCACUGAGGAGGUGGACGCAGGUCUCUUCACCUCUCUUGAUGGAGUCUGGGCUAGUUAUGGCUAUGAUGAAAAGAAAUAG